AUGAUCGCAAGGUAUGAGGACAAGUAUGGGACGAACAAGAUGAAGCCGAUCCCACCACGGAGUCGUCAAUCUGAGGAAAUGGACACUAUCCUCGAGUCCUUCCGUAAACUGCGCGAGGGUCUCUUUGCCACCGAAGCGCGCGAUCUCUUCUCUGUCGACGUGUACGAAGGGUCGGUGUUAAACAGUCUCUACGCAGGAAAUAUACCCGAGUUGACAAAAGCCCUCCACCAUCUCGUCCAAGAGUUGCACCCCGUCGUUUACACACUCUUACCACCACCCCCUUCCUCUCUGCGGAACAACGACAACGACAACAACGAUUUACUCACAUCAUUUGGACAGAUACCUGCGCGGCGACAGACCUUCCUGGGCCUCUACAUCCUCCACCAUAUCGCAAAGCCCCCUCGCCACAAUCUUGGUACAGUGGCCUUGACGGAGAACCCGCUCUUCCAGGCGGUGAAUCAUCCCAGGACUGGGACUGAUGAACUCGUCGCUUCGUUCUUGUACCUCUUCCCACUGCACCCUCAACGGAGCGACAUUGACAGGUUGGCUGGGCUGGAGCCAGAUCUGAGACUUGCGUUAGAGUACUGGACGUACCUCCGCCAAGGCAACUGGAUCGGCCGCGAGCGCCUCCUGGGCACCGAUCGUACACUUGCAGGUGGCCUCCCCAUCACUUGGGCACAACGACUGAUGAUCCGGCACUCGAUGGGUGACUCUCUCGGUACCGCGCGGAGUCUGAGUGUGGCGACGAUGCAUAAGGCGUAUUACUCGUUACCGGUCUCGGUGGUAGCGCAGGGGGUUGGUAUGGUUGAGGAAGGGGAGAGGAAGGAGUUUGAAGGUGUUGUGGGGGUGAAAGAGGGGUGGGUUGAAGGGUUGAAGGGCAAGUAUGGACUUGCUGGGGGUGUUGUUGUGAGGGAUGGGGUGUUUAUGUUUAAAGCCAAGUCGUAG